CGCCCAUCGGUCCCAGCCCGAUAAACUUUGAGCGGUCCCGGAGGGGACGAAUGUCUUUCUUUGUCUGGAGGGGUCUCCCGGUGGUCGCGGAGCUGGGCCCUGCGCGCCGGGAGACGGACGUGAGGUCUCUGAAAGAAGAUGAAUUUGGCAGAGAUUUGUGACAAUGCAAAGAAAGGAAGAGAGUAUGCACUUCUUGGAAAUUAUGACUCGUCCAUGGUGUAUUACCAGGGAGUGAUCCAGCAGAUUCAGAGACAUUGCCAGUCAAUCAGAGACCCAGCUAUCAAAGGCAAAUGGCACCAGGUCCGGCAGGAAUUACUGGAAGAAUAUGAACAAGUAAAAAGUAUUGUCAGCACUUUAGAAAGUUUUAAAGUCGACAAGCCCCCAGAUUUCCCAGUGUCCUGUCAAGACGAACCAUUUAGAGAUCCUGCAGUUUGGCCACCUCCUGUCCCUGCAGAACACAAAGCUCCACCUCAAAUUAGGCGACCCAAUCGAGAAGUAAGACCUCUGAGGAAGGAAAUGGCAGGAGUAGGAGCCCGGGGACCUGUAGGCCGAGCACAUCCUAUAUCAAAGAGUGAAAAGCCUUCUACAAGUAGGGACAAGGAUUAUAGAGCAAGAGGGAGAGAUGACAAGGCAAGACUAUUUCUUUGGAAGGAAAAUAUGCAAGAUGGUGCAAGUGAUGGUGAAAUUCCAAAAUUUGAUGGUGCUGGAUAUGAUAAGGAUCUGGUGGAAGCCCUUGAGAGAGACAUUGUGUCCAGGAAUCCUAGCAUUCACUGGGAUGAUAUAGCAGAUCUGGAGGAAGCUAAGAAGUUGCUAAGGGAAGCUGUUGUUCUUCCAAUGUGGAUGCCUGACUUUUUCAAAGGGAUUAGAAGGCCAUGGAAGGGUGUGCUGAUGGUAGGACCCCCGGGCACUGGUAAGACUAUGCUAGCUAAAGCUGUUGCCACUGAGUGUGGCACAACAUUCUUCAAUGUCUCUUCCUCCACCCUGACAUCUAAAUACAGAGGGGAAUCUGAGAAGUUAGUCCGCUUGUUGUUUGAAAUGGCUAGGUUUUAUGCCCCUACCACCAUCUUCAUCGAUGAAAUAGACUCAAUCUGUAGUCGAAGAGGAACAUCUGAUGAACAUGAAGCAAGUCGCAGAGUCAAGUCCGAGCUCCUCAUUCAGAUGGAUGGGGUUGGAGGAGCAUUAGAAAAUGAUGAUCCUUCCAAAAUGGUGGUAUUGGCUGCUACUAAUUUCCCAUGGGACAUUGAUGCUUUGAGAAGGAGAUUAGAAAAAAGGAUAUACAUCCCUCUCCCAACAGCAAAAGGAAGAGCUGAGCUUCUGAAGAUCAACCUUCGUGAGGUUGAAUUGGAUCCUGAUAUUCAGCUGGAAGACAUAGCAGAGAAGAUUGAGGGCUAUUCUGGGGCGGACAUAACUAAUGUUUGCAGGGAUGCUUCCUUAAUGGCAAUGAGACGGCGUAUCAAUGGCUUAAGUCCAGAAGAGAUCCGUGCCCUUUCUAAGGAGGAACUUCAGAUGCCUGUUACCAAAGGAGAUUUUGAGUUGGCUCUUAAGAAAAUUGCUAAGUCUGUCUCUGCUGCAGACUUAGAGAAGUAUGAAAAAUGGAUGGUCGAAUUUGGAUCUGCUUGACUUUUUGUCAGUUCUUUCAUUUGUGGUAUUUUUGUUUAUAAAAUGUGAAGAAAUUCCUGCAAUUUUUUUAAAAACAAGUUUGGAAUUUUUCAUUGAAGAGAUUUUCACUUAG